GUGCUAAGGCCGCGGGCCCCCCCACCCCGAGGAGCCGAAGCCCGAGUUUCCGGUGGUGGACGAGCUCGGGAGGCGGCUCCGGUACCGGUUGGUGGCGGCGCCGAGUGGGCGACCGAGGACCUGGGCGGCUGCUUCCGCUCAGCCCUUGCGGUGGGAGAGGAGCCAGCGACGUCAGCAUGGAGACAGAGAUGGCGGGGGUUACCGUGGCGGCGUCGCAGAAACUGAGCCGUAAGAAAUACUUGGCCCUCCGGAAGAAGGCGAGACGUAAGAGGCGACGGCAGGCCCUAGCUCGGCUGCGAGACGCAGAACUGUCACGGAAAGAGGAGGAAGAAGAUCCUCUUGCUGAAGAAAAACGAUUAGAAGAAGAAAGGUUGUUGGAGGAAGAGAGGCAAAGAUUACAUGAAGAAUGGUUACUGAGGGAAGAAAAGGCACAAGAGGAAUUCAGGGCAAAGAAGAAAAAAGAAGAGGCAGCUCGAAAACGGAAGGAAGAACUAGAGAGAAAGUUAAAGGCAGAAUGGGAAGAACAGCAGAGAAAAGAGCGAGAGGAAGAGGAGCAGAAACGACAAGAGAAGAGAGAAAGAGAGGAAGCUGUGCAGAAGAUGCUGGAUCAGGCCGAAAAUGAGCUGGAAAAUGGUGGCACCUGGCAGAACCCAGAACCGCCCAUGGAUAUAAGAGUACUGGAAAAAGAUCGAGCCAACUGUCCAUUCUACAGCAAAACGGGAGCUUGCAGAUUUGGAGAUAGGUGUUCACGCAAACACAACUUCCCCACAUCGAGUCCCACGUUGCUGAUUAAGGGCAUGUUUACAACGUUUGGAAUGGAGCAGUGCAGGAGGGAUGACUAUGACCCUGACGCGAGCCUAGAGUACAGUGAAGAAGAGCUCUACCAACAGUUCCUAGACUUCUAUUAUGAUGUCCUGCCUGAAUUCAAGAGUGUGGGAAGAGUGAUUCAGUUUAAGGUCAGCUGCAACUUGGAACCCCAUCUGAGGGGCAAUGUGUAUGUUCAGUACCAGUCGGAAGAAGACUGUCAAGCAGCUUUUUCUGUUUUUAAUGGACGAUGGUAUGCAGGACGACAGCUCCAAUGUGAAUUCUGUCCAGUGACCCGGUGGAAAAUGGCAAUUUGUGGCUUAUUUGAAGUCCAGCAAUGUCCAAGAGGAAAGCAUUGCAACUUUCUCCAUGUGUUCAGAAAUCCCAACAAUGAAUAUAGGGACACUAAUAGAGACCUCUACCUGUCUCCAGAUUGGACUAGCUCCUCCUUCAGUAAGAAUUCAGAGAGGAGGGAAAGGGCCAGUCACUAUGAUGAGUACUAUGGCAGGUCAAGGAGGAGGAGGAGGAGCCCGAGUCCGGGCUUCUACAAGAGAAAUGGUGAGUCUGACAGGAAGAUCAGUAGUAGACACAGGGUGAAGAAAUCUCACAGACAUGGAAUGAAGAGUCAUGAGAGGCGCAGUUCACCCAGUAGAAGAAGAAGAAAGGAUCACAGUCCGGGCCCCUGGAGCCAGAGCAGGAGGAGCCGCCGCAGCAGGAGCCGCAGCCGUAGUCGCAGCCAGAAUCGGAGCCGCAGUUGCAGCCGCAGUCGGAGCAGGACCCAUAGCCGGAGCCGCAGCAGGGGCCGGAGCAGGAGCCAGGGCCGGGGCCGGGGCCGGGGCAGAAACCAGAGUAGGAACCAGAGCAAGAGUUGGAGCCGGAGCAGGAGCAGUAGCUCAUCAAGGUCCAGAAGUCGUGGCAGGAGGAGGUCAGGUAGUAGAGACAAAACCACCCAGAGUCCCAAAUCUAAAUAAACUUGGUUGUUUUUAAAUAUGUCCCGUCUUUUUAUAGCAGCUACUCAUCUGUAUAGAUUGAUGAUGCUAGCCAAAUGCUAUCAUGUAAAUCAUACUUUUUGAUAAAUUAUACACACAUAUGAAAUUACUUGUAAUCCUAACCUUGAGAGCAUCAGUUAAUGCUGGAGUGAAGCUUUACUAUUUUUUUUUCCGUUUUCUGUCUGUGCGCCUCUCCCCACUCCCCCUCCAUCUCUCCUUCCCUCUUUC